AUGGCGAACUCUCAGCUUCAGGCGCUGGCAAAGGUCCGUGGGAUGCUAGACUUUGUCCUCCACCCGUCUUCUCCUGACACGAGCGGCAUACCUGUCGGAGAUGAGAGGCUGCAGAAGGUGACGGAGUGGGUGUCCAAGCAGGAAGAUCCCAUUGACGGCGAACUGCUGCCAGAUGCGUCCCAGGUGUGUGCGUAA